GCACUGCACUCCCCGACGAUACAGACGCAUCACCGACGGCAACCUGCUCUGUUCCGCCAUGCGUCUGUUGUUGCCGCCGUAGUGACUCGCCAAAUCACACAUCCACGCACUCUGUCAACCCUCGUUGCCUGCACACCAAACCUACGCUGCCGCAACACUCCACAGGCGCAUCAUGGCUGGUUACGGGAAUGACCACUGGCAUAAUGGCGGCGGGCUACCAUACCGUCCGCCGCCUACCGUGGACGAGGCUAUUCCGUACUCACCCUUUACCUCGAUAGUCCCUUUCUCGCCGGACAUCAUCCCGUUCCCAUCCGCCGAACCGCCGACUCCUCCCUCCACUCUGACACCAGACCAACGAAACGCUGCGACGAAGGCAAUCAGUAUUCUGAACGAUGAGAUCAAGGGUCAAUCGACAGCUCAGCACCUGAACAACACGCUUCGGCAGCUUCAAGAAUUACUGGACCCGGACGAGCUGACGCAAUUCGAAUUCAAGCCAAUGCCGCAACUCGUAACGCCUCCGCCCGAAAGUCCUACGAAGGAGACAAAAGGCUCAGUUUCCGACUAUACAUCUGCCCUCAGCCCUUUCGCGAGCCUGUUGCUGAAGCAAACAAACAUGAGCUUCACGCCACUCGGUGUCAAGACUGCUGAACGGCCUCGACAGUACUACGUACCUCCUCGGAAAGCUGCGCCCCCACAGCCGCCACGGCCUGUCCCUCAGACACAGUUCGCCAGCCUUAAUGGCAUUGCGUCUACGCAAAAUGCGAAUCUCUCGCACACGCUCAGCGCACCACCCUCCGCUUCCACAAAAGCGCCUCUUGUGCUGAUAAAGUCUAAGAGCGUCCGUCACGAAGAGUACAAGCGAUAUGACAAUGUCGAGGUGACUGAGAGCCCGUCGCAGAAAAAGGUAGAGAGCGGCGCCACUGCCCUACGACCCCAUGAACGAGAGAUCGCCGACAGAAAAAUCGAGGAACUGCAGUCUUAUGUAGAGGGCUUGUCUGAGGAAAAGGAUGACAUGGAUGCCUCGGAGAACUUCUCGCGAGUCUCAACCGCCGACGCUGAAUUCAACGUUCUUCUCCCCAAGGCGAUGAACCACCUUUCUGACAGGAUCUCAACUGUCACUAACCUUGGCCGCUUUGCCGUUCUCCCUGUGGACCUAGUCAUGCAAAUUCAGUCGCUAUUAGAGCCGGCGAUCAAUUCGACUAGUCAACUUGGGUUAUUUCCUCGAGAUGAUGAGGAGCUCAACUGGUCCGAGAGUCUCGAGAAGGCCAAGUUCGCGCUCAAAGCGUCCAAGCUUGUGUUGAACACCAUGAUAGAGGGACGCGACGAUUAUCGAAUGCGUCGUGAAGAGAUCAUCGAUGUGAUCAUUAACCUCAUCAAGGCGAUCAAGGAUGAGUGCAUAAUUCCAGUUGUUCAGUCCCGACGUAUUGGCAGCUCACAAAAUUUGUUCAGUACUGCGACUGGUCAGAGAAAGGAUUUGCUUGCGGUUCUGACGUUGUGCGGGAGCGUUUUCAGCCAUUUCGCUACUUUGAUCGGCAAAUUCAAUCUCUCAGAUCGCGCGCUGAAUGUCAUGGAAUACCUGUCACUAGAACUGCUCGUGGAACAGAACAGCGAUUCUGAGAAGGAUUCGGUGUUUGGCAUCCAGAAAUUUGAACAGUUUCGCCAGAAGGCUAUGAAUGUCAUUGCUCAAAUAUUUGCUCGACACGCAGAACAAAGGUCCUCCAUUCUCAACGGCAUUCUUAGCAAUUUGGAGAAGCUGCCCGAUAAGAAGGCGAGCGCCAGACAGUUCAAGUCAGCACGUGAAGUGCCUAUUAUGUCUAUAUCUGCGCUGUUCAUGCGCUUCAUUCAGGUUGCCGCGAUGAACAGAGAAACUCAAAAAGGAGCAAGCAACGAUAUGCACGAGGAAGAGGUUAGCGAUUACGAGCCAGGAACUUCCAUUCCAGAGAAGAGGAAGAGAGGAAAAGGUGGUCGCUCACCAGAUCAGAUUGCCAAAGAGCUAAUGGCCAACGCCAAUCAGAUCGCUGCUCACAUUGCUCAGUCUCUCAUCGACAGAGCUUCGAACGUUUCCAAAACAGGCGACAAACCCUUCCGCAACCUAUUGGAUCUCUUCAUUGAAGACUUUUGUAACGUUCUUGGUUCUCCCGAAUGGCCUGCUGCUGUUCUACUUAUCUACCAGCUGCUCGCUCGCAUGGUCUCCAUGCUCCAGGGUGAGAAUGCUACCAAGGUAUCUGUGGUUGACAAGGACAUGGCUCUUGCGACGAUGGCAAAGAUGGGCUGUGGUGUUAUUGACUUCAAGCACCGUUUGAAGCAACUUAAGCGUGGUCUGGACAUUUCACAGUCAGAUCUAUCUUCAAAACUAGACCGUCUCGCGGAUGAUGCUUUGAAUGGAGUCCUUCACGACAUGGAUCUGCUCGCAUUCGAUGGCCCGUACCGGAUGCUUGUCGAAUCGCUGAACGACUAUCUGGAGUGGCAGCCUGGUCAGGAGGACCCUCAUCUCCAGUCUGUCAGCGGUUGUCACGUCACUUUGUGGCUCGAUUCGGUUAUUCGAGCCUUUUCGGAGCAGGAUACAGAUGCGCCUCGUCCACAAGCGGCUCAGCACUUACAGGACCGCUUGGAAUCUAUGAUUAUGGAUUCGAAGUGGCUCGCUCGGGAGUAUAAGUAUCAAGCCGUCACUGAGCACCAGAGCAAACUUGCCGCUGGCAUUGUCACACUGCAGAGUCCAGUCUGCAAGUUCAUUCCUCGAAUGGUCAACACAAUGCUACAAUACAGCCGAGAUAAGAACUCUUCAAAACUCCGGUCAAGAGGCAUGACUGGGCUGGAACAGUUGAUUGAAAAGGACCCCCGCAUCAUUGACGAACAGACCAUCAAGGGUAUGGUGGGUCAGUUUUCAGACAACUCACCAAUGGUUCGUGAUCACACUCUUUCCUUGGUAUCGAAAUGCCUGGAGCAGGAUCCCUCGUUGGAACGCCACUUUCUUCCCAGCAUUCUCAGCCUCACUCUGGAUACGUCCAACGCUCCUAAGAAGAAAGCCAUCAAGCUUCUGAAGGACAUUUAUGUUGGUCCGACCCAACAACACAACAGGCUACAAAUCGCCGCUUCACUGCUUCUACCUUCGCAGGACGACGAGAAGGCUAUUGCAGAGCUGAGUCGUAACGUCCUCGAGGAGAUCUGGCUGAGCUCUACAACGUCUAGCGCCAAGGCAGAUGAAAACCACCUCCGACUUGAUCGCGUACAGAGGGCCUCGCUCAUGAUCGACGUCACUCAGAAGAUCCAUGGGUCACCAAUGCACUUAGAAGCUUUCGAGAAGUUUUUCCUACAUGCCUUGUCUUCUGAAGCCAAGGCCCCGACUAAGAAUCUGCAAUUCUGCCAGAACCUUGUUGCUGACAUGAUUGACGGAGUAAUCAGUCCUGAAUCUAUGCCGGGAGCGAAGCCACAAGCACACAUAUUGAGCGCUCUCAGCAUCUUCGCCAAAAUCAGGUCGACUUUGUUUACCAUGGAUCAGGUCCAGUUGUUGAAGCUUUACAUCAAAGAUCUUGCCACCGAGGAAGAUCUUCUCUUGGUGCAACCCACGGUCACUAUCUUCCGGCAUGUCUUCCCGAACCUCCCCGCGCUUCAGCAGGCAUUUGCGGAAGAAGUGCGAGCGAAUUUGAUGCGGAUGAUCUCCAGGCUUGCUAUGUGGGCAGCUCAAGGGCAACCCACGAGCAGAGAGACUCUUGUCCAUGUCGCUCAUUGCUUAUGGAUUGUUAGCCCCAUGGCGGAUGAAGGCUUGACUAAGCUGUUUGCGACAAUUUCAUCGAUUAUCUGCCAGAUACGACCCUUCACAUCCUUGACCAAGGAGCAAGCAAUGGAGAAGCGCAUCAAAAUCGGUUCCUAUCUGAUUCUCCUAGGCACAUUCGGGAAGGUCUGUACUUUUGAUCAAUACAUUGACAGGUUUCGGGAAAGGAUUGUCUUGCAAGCCCGCAACUUCAUCAGCAAGCAGCAGGCUACAGAAAAGCAAAUGCAACCUCUGCUAGCUGGGAAAUCGUCAGCCGCUCUCCUUCUUCUGGAUUCCGUCCGACCAUUUACAAUGCAAACAUGGGGCAUGGACAUUCGAGAGCAGGCAUUGCUGAGCAUGGGUGAAAUCUGCCAGCAGUCACCUGAGCUCUUCAUGCGCGGAGAAGUGGAGAAGGUUGUUAAGCUCGUCUUUGUCAACCAGGAUAACGACCAGCUGAAGCAUGUGGCUCUCACGUUCUUCAAUGAGUACUUCACGUUUGCCGAGCGACGUUCUGAGACUGGUGCGGAGAUCGCUGUAGGCAGUGGGGCUGUCAAUGGCUCCGCACGCCUAGAGACAUCGUUCGUGGCCAACGAGAAUGACUCUGCGACACUACACCUGGCUCAAAAGUUUUUGACAGAUUUUGUGGACGUCGCACUGAAGAACAAGAACCAGCUUGCGGAGCUUGCGACCAAUAUCAUUGCUAGCAUCAGUCGACAGGGUUUGGUUCAUCCUAAGGAAUGCGGUGCUGCGCUUGUUGCUCUGGGGACCUCUUCGAACAGCAAAAUCGCGCAGACGGCUUCUUUGGAACACAGGCGGAUUCAUGAGAAACAAGAAUCGUACCUCGAAAAGGAGUACAUGCAAGCUGUGCGUCUGGCCUUCAACUACCAGCGGGAUAUCUUCAACGAUCCUCAUGGAAUGGUUGAGGAGAAGUAUAGCCCCAAGCUCGCCAGACUGUUCGAAGCUUUGAAGAUUGGUAAGAAGGCUACCAUCAAACGAUUCGUCGAGAAUGUGUGCAAGCAGAUCGACUUUGAUCUGUCGAAGUUGAAGGCUGAUGGGGAGAUUCCUGACGCUAUUCUCUUUGCGCGCUUUUGUCUGGAAAACUUGAGCUUGCUCGACUUCCCGCGCCUCGAGGAACUGGCUGUUUUCCUCAACGCAGUCGAGGCUAUUAUCUUCAAGAACACCGGACCUGCCGUGGCAUUAGCUAUCGAAACCGAGAUGCCGAAGCAGUUUAUUGGCCUAGAGCAGCCGCUGCCACCGAGUCAAGAACACUUCCAGCAUCAAUUCCACCACAGCGCCGACAUGAACCUAGCAUUCCCGACCAGUCUCACCCCAGCCCCGAUACCAUCACAAAUCGCCCAGCCAACCAUCGACGAUGCCCGCCUCCGCACAAUCACAACAGCCUGCAUGAUCCUACAAAUGGUAUGGGAAACACGCACCUUUGUCCGGCGCUGCUACACCGCAAAAUUCAGCGGCCGCAUCCCGCAGAAAGAAUACGCAAAGCCCGCCCAACGCAACAACUUCAUCUCCGGCAAAGAGCUCUGGGAGCGCCUCACCCCUAUCAUGAGCGCGCUCGCCUCCCGCGAAGCAAUGGUCAAGCAGUGCUACGACUUCGCUGACCUGCUCAACGUCGAUAGCGAAGCGAAAGUCGGCAACGACGAGGAUGAUGACGAAACGGCCUUUGCCGCUGGAUAUGAGACGCCGCCUGAUAACGGCGAGGCGAGCGCGCCCGUUCCUACUAGUGGCCGCGGCAGGAAGAGGAAGAAUAAUGUUAGUUUGGGGAAUACGCCGAAGAAGGCUAGAAGUAGGCCGCUGGGUGGCGCGAAGGGCAAGAAGAGGAGUUCUAGGACGCCUGAGGGCGAUGAUGAGUCGGAGUAGGUGCCUUGACUCUUGUUUUUUUUUCAUUCUACUCCCUGAAGUGGUGGCGGUGUGGAGAAAAGUUUUUCCCCCUUCUUUUCUGCCUUUCUUUCAAUUCUUCCUUUUACGGCGUUACGCAGGUGGGUUUCAUCGUCGUCAUCAUCAUCGGAGAUACCCCCUUGGCUUGGUUUUGAUGCGUGGAUUGCUUGCAUGGCAUGGCAUGCAUGUGGUGUAUUUGGCGUCGUCGUUUUAUGUUCUCUUCAUCGGUAGAUUAGGGGGGGUUCUUCAUAGUAUCGAGGGUGCUGGAGUUUUUGAGCAUGUAUGGGGUAGUUCUUCUAGCUUCUAACUUCUAGCUUCUAACUUCUAGAUAUUCGAUGAAUAUAUUGUAUUCUCGC